AAGUGAAAAACAGUGAGGCCUUAUGUCAAGCUAAGAAAUUUCUCAGUUCUCUUUAGUAAAAAAGUUCAAGCUGAGAGGAUUCUUUAUUUCAUCUAUGUCAAGCUUUCGUCUUCAGCACGACACCUCCCAGGAAGAACACAGAUAAAGAAAAACACAUCCAGUAAUGGGUAUUCCAAGUACCUGGUCAAUAUUUUCACUGAUUUUGCUCAGAGUGUUUUGUCAAGAUUUCGAAACCAGUUAUGCAGACUACGAGACAGAAGAAUCAUUGCCACAGAUUCCUUCAUUUGUUGGGCCAGACUCGUACAGAUUUCGUACUAAUGAAUGUGCCAAGGAAUGUUACUGUCCCCAGUCUUAUCCCUUUGCAAUGUACUGUGACCAUCGUGAACUUAAAGUAAUCCCUGAUGUCCCAAGCCACAUCCGCCACUUAUACAUUCAGUUCAACAACAUCGAAACCAUUACAGCCAAACCUUUCACCAAUGCUACAUCUUUGAAAGAAAUCAACCUCAGCCACAAUAAUCUGAGAAAAGUAGGGAAAGAGGCCUUCAGUAAACUUCAACGCCUCACACGGCUUCACCUUGAGCACAACAACCUAGAGGAAGUUCCACCUUCUUUGCCCAAAACUCUUCAGAUACUCCACCUGGGCUUCAACAAAAUCUCAAAGAUAUCAUCCAACACUAUACAAGAUCUAAUAAAUAUUACAGUGCUCGACUUGUGCAGCAACAGACUUACAGAUGAAAGUAUUAAAGGAAAGGUCCUGUCUGGCUUGAAGAGCCUCUUGCAAGUCACCUUGUGCAACAACAAACUUAAGACUAUGCCCCCUGAUCUCCCAUCAUCGCUGCUGCAGCUAUCACUGGAGAACAACUCCAUCACAUCUGUAUCUGAGGGGUACUUUAGGAAGACCCCAAAUAUCAUGUCUCUUCGGGUAUCCUAUAACAAAAUUAAAACGAUUCCUUACAAAACCUUUAACCUGUCACAACUUAUGGAACUCAACCUGGGUCAUAACCAACUCUCCCAAACCUUUUUUAUUCCCAAGAACUUGGAGCAUCUGUAUCUCAACCACAAUAACUACAAAGAACUUAACAUUACUCUAAUGUGCCCAUUGCUGGAUGUUGACAGUCCCAACAUGCUAACCUACAUUCGCCUUGAUCACAAUAAGCUGAGAGGACCCGUGGACUACUACGCUUAUGCUUGCUUCCCAAGGAUGAGGAUGAUUUAUUAUGGUGAACAACAGACAGUUAGCUAGUAUGAACCACUAAAAAAAACAUGAAAUCCUUUGACGGGGUGCCAAAUUUCAGUCACCAAAUAAUUUCACCUAAAUAUAUUCAAGACUCUUUUGGUUUUGAGUGGUUAAAAGAGUAAAAAUGCCAAAGAUGUUUAGUGAUCAGAUGAAACAACAAUAAUUAAAAAUCAUACUUCAAUCAUAAUGAAUCAAUGAAAUCAUAAUGGGUGGGCGAAAAGAUGCCGAUUAACCAGCCAAGAAUAUUCACUCCAGAGCAUUAAUCAAUCAAAUCACUUGCUUAGACACAUCUGUUCAUAAAAGUUUUUUUUCCCCCAUUUGUACAAUUUUUCUACUAUUUUCUAACAAUGUAGUGAGUUAUGUGGUGAUCAAGCAUAGGGUUUAUUUUCUCAAUUAGUUGCAUGAGGACAUUCAGACAGGAGGUUUUUCCGAAGGUUCUCAAACAAUCCGAGCUCUUCACUGCUCCUCCUAAGUUGUAAAAGAAAACUAAUUGUUUGAAUAACUAAACAUUUUAAUUGAUAAAUGUAUACACAUGCAUUAACUUCACUACUGAUAAAUCAUCGAAACAAAUUUCAACCACAAGCCUGUAUCUAUAGGUCUUAAGGAUAUUUUGCAUGACGACACAUGCCAACCAAAAUGGCAAAUGCAGUAAAACUGGCACUGUACGCAAACAUGCAGUUCAUACUUCAGAUUUUAAAGGAUUUAAAAGUAGUCAGCAGGUGGGUGGGAGGUAUGGGGGCCACUCACAUUUCAGGCCAAAAGUUCUUCAUCUUUCUUUUAUUUGGAGGAUUCUCUGACAAAAGGCUUGACAAGUCAUAAUCCAAGACUCAAACAUACAUUAAUUACUAAAGCUAGCUACGUAUCUUUUACAUCCUUACAUAUGGGCUUCUUUGCAUUGGCAUAAAUGUGGUUAACAGUUUGCUGAAUUUAGUGUAAAACAUACUGGAGAAACAGCUCUUUUGGAUUUUGCAGGUCAUUCAUACUAGUGAAAAUCUUUGCAUGUAAACAAAAGUAAGUGUGUAAUAAUGCUAUAUCUCUAUUCUGGCUGCAUUAUUUUGGUGGAAAAU